AUGGAGGUUACGACGGAGCCAAAGAUGCAGAUCAUCGAUGAAGCAUCUCAACACAGCCUCUCGUUUUCAUCCCCCAUCGCCGGCGAUCCAAACUUGGACAAACUCCCCUUCUUCCGUCACCGCUCGCGGCAGAUCAAGCGCGACACGUGGCUUGUCUCCGUCUUCGUGCUUCUCCAGAUCGUCGUAUUCGCUGUGACUAUGGGACUCAACGACUGCUCCAGAAACUCUAACGGUCACUGCGCCGCCAAAUUACUCGGCCGAUUCUCUUUCCAGCCUCUCUCCGAGAAUCCUAUGCUCGGUCCCUCCGCUUCUACCUUUGAACACAUGGGAGGUCUUUACUGGAAUGGUCUUGUUGAGAAACAUGAGAUUUGGCGUGUGUUGACAUCUCCAUGGCUGCACAGUGGAUUGUUUCAUCUUUUGAUAAAUCUUGGGAGCUUGAUUUUCGUUGGGAUAUUCAUGGAGCAGCGAUACGGACCAUUGAGGAUUGCAGCUAUAUACUUCUUAUCUGGCGUUGUGGGAAGUCUCUUUGCUGUGUUGUUUGUUCGAAACAUCCCAUCAAUCUCUUCUGGUGCUGCUUUCUUUGGAUUGAUUGGAGCUAUGCUUUCUGCACUUGCAAGGAACUGGAACCUAUAUACCUCCAAGGUUUCAGCAUUAGUGAUAAUACUCACGAUCACCACAGUCAAUUUCCUGAUCGGCUUUCUUCCUUACAUAGACAACUUUGCGAAUAUUGGCGGUUUCAUAUCAGGCUUCCUUCUUGGACUUGUGCUGUUAUUCACCCCACAGGUGAGAGAGGACCCUCCACCUCACAAGGGAAAACUGUUUGAAGAUGAUAUGAGAAGUUCCACAAGGCUUAAAGAAAUGUUUGACAGACCGGUGCUAAGGAUUGUAUGCCUGGUCUUGUUUUGUGGAAUACUUGCUGGGGUUCUAAUAGCAGCGUGCUGGGGCAUUAAUCUGAACCGCUAUUGCAAUUGGUGUCGCUAUGUUGACUGUGUUCCAACCAGGAAAUGGAGUUGCAGCGACAUGACUACUUCCUGCGAGGCAAUGGUGAGUGAUGCUCAGCUAACACUAACGUGUAUGGCCAAUGGAAAGUUCCGGAUAUUUCCUUACACCAAUAUAUCACAAGCCAGGACACAAGAUCUUUGCACGCUCGUCUGCACUUAAACAUGACCAGG